AACCUACUGAUGGAACAGCACAGGGCUUUUGAGGUGAGCGUGAUAUCAGCAGUGUUGAUGGUGAUAUUAGUGGGGAAUUCAGUGAAGGGGCAGAUUAACACGCCAUGCACGACGUCGGUGAUAAGUAGUUUCACCCCAUGCGCGAAUUUGAUUACAGGAAGCACCAACAAUGGUGCUGUACCGUCCACCACAUGUUGUGAAUCUUUGAGAUCUUUGGUGAACACGAGUGUGAAUUGUGCUUGUCUGCUAGUAUCUGCCAAUGUUCCCUUCCAACUACCGUUCACCUCAGCUCUCGCCCUCUCUCUCACUCAAGCAUGUAAUAUAAAAGCGCCUGCCCAAUGCAAAGCCUCUGGAUCCCCUCUACCAGCUCCAGGCCCUGCUGUGCUCGGAAGAAAUGGCCCAGGACUUGGACCCACAGCCGCAUCUCCGUUGAGUCCUCAAGGGUCUGAAGAUAUGGUGGAAGCUAAAGAAAUCAAAUUUAUGAGCCGGAGAUUGGCACAAACACGAACACAAGCGCAAGGCCCAGCUCCAGCAGCAAUGGAAAUGGGAGAGCCCACCACAACUACUCCGGGAAUUCGACCAGUCCUCCCUGCACCACCAUCCUCUUCUUCUGUUCCAUCCUUCCUUUCCUUCUCCCCAUUCACGUUUCUCUUCAUGUCACUCUCAAUCAUGGUUGCCACCGUUUACUAGUCUUGCCUCUCCAAUAAUGCUUGCUUUCUACCCUGCGUGUCUCAUCUUAUGUGUCUGUACUUCAGCAGUUUAGCUAGCUUCCUUUGUUCCUUUCUGUAUCUCUAUUUCUGGUCCGCCUUUCAAAGACAUCCCAUAUUCAUUUAAUAAAAGUUAACCAAUAGCAAUUAUCUUUUCCUUUUUUU